CUCAGGUUCGGAGGCAAGCUAUGGCAUGGUCACUCCUCAGGAUGCAACGGAUGCCCCGAGCCAAGCCAAGGUCCCAGCUCCAACGACUGCUUUGACGGCAGGCAAAGGCAGGGCCAGUGCUCCACCGGCUUAUGAUCAAUUUGAGCCCGAUAGUCAGCCCGAUAGUCCGCACGAGAGUCAGCACGACAAGGCGUUGGACAUCGAUCAAGCUCCCAUUGAUACGUUCAUCGCCGAGCUCGACGCCGACGCGGUUUCUCCUUACAAGCCACCCGCCGGUCAUAUCCUAAAGAAGAAGUUGUUCCUUUCACAAGAAACGCCCGAGCAGGAGGACACUACCGCCUUCACCGCUCCGCCCCGAGUUGGGCUUACCCCGAGGACACUCCUUGGUGCGACCACGGAAGGUAUGAAACAAAACGCCGCUCCCAGUUGCAGUAAGAAGAAGGGCAGGAAGCGGAAGAAGUCGGGAGAUGUUGCGGCAAGCAAGAUAGUGGUUAAUGACAAGUUGCCGACCCCGUGGAGGAAGUUGCAUCACUUAGGCGAGCCGAUGCUGCCGGCACACUAUGUCAACAAGUUGACGCCGGAUAUGAGGAGCGUGCAUGAUGCUAUUCUAACAAAGGAGAAGCUACUUCUUAAAGAUAGAAAUCCAUCGUACCCGAUUUUGAUCGCCAAGGUGCCCACUGGCUUUGGCUUUGUCAACACAUACCCUGCGGACUUGAUAUUCAUUCGGUACGAAGACAUCUUCAGGCUCUUCCACAUGCAACAGCUAGACCGAAGCUUGGUCCGCCUCAUAUCGCUCAGCAUGGCGCACGAUAUCGCCAUGGAGAACACAACGCACAUCGCUAUCAUGGACCCCUACUACAUGACUCCAACUGUCGCCCAGACCGAACAAGCGUUUCUCGCCAACUAUAUCAAGAAUUUCUUGGUGUUAAACAAGGAAAAGAGUUGCUUUGUCAUACCAUAUUUCCGCGAGUAAGUAUUUGGUUACUAAAGUACCCUAUAUUACAUUCUUUCAUGAAUUUCCUUAAUAGCUGAGUAUGAUGGUUUAUUUCCAUUUUGCGCAGUUUCAAGUAUUGCACCCUCCUCCUCUUUUACCCGUAUCAUUCCGAUGUCACUUAUCUCGACUCCGGGCUUGAUAAGGAGAAAGACUUCACCGACCUUAAGUCUACACUUGAUAAAGCCCUCAGCGGCUUCAUAGCUGAGGUUGGCGUCAACAAACUCAGGCAUGAGAAGAAAGUUAAGGGUUGCCAUGUGUGCAACCACGUAACCAAGUUCCCCUGCCUAAAGCAAUCGGCGGAUGACAAUGGGAUGGAGGCAUGGUUUGCCAUCCUACAGAUGAGGGCGGUUGUAAGGUCUCAGAACGAUCUCUUGUUGCCAUCUGCUCUGCAGGGGAAGUUCGUGAACAUGGCGGACACCACCGAUGAAAACGUGAGAGGCGACUUCCGUGCCAUCCAGCGGACCAUUUGCACAAUACUCUGGAGGGAUGUCAUCAUGAAUGGUGGCUUGUUCAACUAUGCCUCCGCACUUUCUAAUUCCGAGAUAGAAGGCCGAUUAGAAGAUGGAUGUGACGAGAGAACAUUCAACACGCUCGAGGGCAUCCGUCCCUUCCCGCCGAAGUAGACUUGAGUCAAAAACUUUUGUGUCCUGCAAAUAUGACGUACUAUGUCGUCUACCACGGCAGGGUUCCUGGAGUCUACGAGGACUGGGAAGACUGUAGGAGGCAGGUCCACCGUUUCAGCGGCAACAGCUACAAGGGGUACACCACUUUGGAGGAGGCGGAAACUCGAUACGCCAACUUUCGAGCGGGACAGAGGAGGGAGAUGUGGAGGACCCCUUUCAUCGUGAUGAUGCUUGCCGCCACCGUCUCUCUAGUUUAUUAUGUCAUUGUUGUUUAGCUAGGUCAUCGACACUGGACUUAUAUGUAUUUCUGUAACAUGUGCUACUUCGAGUCGUGAUGUUAUGGUCAACUAUCUACUAUCUAAACUUGUCUUAUUAAUGCAUGCAUGUUGUGAACA